AUGUUGAAAGUCCAGCAAACAAAGAAGAAAAAGAAGCCUUUUGCACACAGAAAUAUCAAUCCCUCUCGAAAGACAUACACAGUACAAGACAUAUUCAGAGUGCCCUUCAAAUUGUUAUGCGAUCCAGCAUACUUUUGGCAUUUGGCUGCUUUGUUCUUGUUUGGUGAAUUCGUUUUGAGCACGCUUAUUAUCCUUAAAGUGCCUUAUACCGAAAUCGAUUGGAUUGCCUAUAUGCAAGAAGUAGAAGGCUUCAUUCUUGGUGAACGUGACUAUACCAAGCUGAAAGGAGACACAGGACCUUUGGUAUAUCCUGCAGGAUUCGUCUACAUUUACUCUCUGUUUUACUACCUGACAGAUCAUGGGAAAAACGUUCGACUAGCGCAAUAUAUCUUUGAAGCUCUCUACUUGAUCAGUCAAUUCAUCGUAUGCGCCAUUUACCGACAAUCAAAGAAAGUGCCACCCUAUGUAAUUUUACUGCUCGGAUGCUCAAAACGAUUUCACUCCAUUUUUCUGCUGCGAUGCUUCAAUGACCCUGUUGCGAUGUUGUUUAUGUUUGGAUGUAUUUUGGCCAUGACUUACCGAAGAUGGACAUUGGGUUCAUUAUUGUUCAGUUUAGCAUUGUCGAUCAAGAUGAAUGUGCUGCUGUUUUUCCCUGCAUUUGGUAUCAUUCUGUGGCAGGUUCUGGGUGCUUACAAGACAUUUGCUCAGCUGGGGUUGAUUGUACUGACCCAAUUAGCUGUUGCUUAUCCGUUCCUGAGCCAUUAUCCAGCCUCUUACUUUUCAAAAGCAUUUGAAUUUAGCCGAGUAUUCGAUUAUCAAUGGACAGUGAACUGGAGAAUGAUGACGGAAGAGACAUUUGUGUCGAAUUGGUUUGCAAAGGAGCUUUUGAUAGGACAUGCAUUCACACUCUUGAUGUUUAUUGUGUUUAUCUGGUGUGGGCCUAAAGGAGGUGUCAUGCAUGUACUGAAAAAGGGAUUUUCUCGUCAUAGUAGAAUGACGGUAUCGAACGAUGAAAUCAUAUCCAUGAUGUUUACCAGCAACUUUAUUGGUGUCCUGUUUGCCAGAUCCUUGCACUAUCAAUUCUAUUCUUGGUACUUUCAAACGCUUCCUUACUUGUUAUGGCAAUGCGCAUGGCUUUCUACAGAAAAGGGACUCAAGUCUACUUCUCGCAUCUUGAUCUUUGUUACAAUUGAAGGAUGCUGGUUGACAUUCCCCUCGACCAUCAAGAGUUCAUGGACACUGGCAGCAUGUCAUAUUAUGCUGCUGUUGGGCGUAUUUGGCAACUCACCUGGCCCUGACUACAGAAUACCUUCCAUAGACAAGCAAUGA